CCCCCAAGAAAAUCGCAGCCCAUAGCUAAUGGGAACACCAAGAAAAAUGACUCACCAAGCUAGGGUUCUUUAGUGCAAAAGCACCAAACUCUCCUCCAUCUGAUUAAACUUGUGGCUCGAAACAAAACCAUUUCACAUAUUCUCAUUCAAAGUACUUAAUUGGUCAUCAUUUCAACUUUCAACCUACUUGCAACCCCCCACCCUCUUCUCUUGUUAGGUGAGGAUCAAUAACCUGUCAUGGUCGAAUAGCUUGAAUCUAAGAAUUAGAAAACGUUUUGAGAAUCAAACAAAUUUACCACAUUAUUCUUAUACACAACAUUUCACACUACAAUAAAGUCUAGCUGCAUGACUGUUGUCUAAAAACUCGUCAGAGAUUUCAAUAAAGGAAGGAAAAGUGCUUUAGAAUUCAAAAGUCAAGAGGGAUGUUUCCACAUAAUUUCAUAUCAAAUACUUCUUAAGUCUAAAAAGAUAGCUCGGAAAUACAAUCCUAACAGAAUUCCACUCAAUAUUAUUUAUGGAAUGUCAAAGUUGGCAAGGUUUACCAAACUAAGAUAUUUUGGCUGCUUGUUUCACUAUAAAUACGAGCUACAGACCCUGUUAUUCCAUGCACUACCACCUUAUCUUCUUUGCUUUCAUUGUAAUCUUUGCUCAUUGAAUCCUCAAUGGCUUUCUCUCUUCAAUCCCUUUUGAUCCUUUUCACAACUUUGCUUCUGAUACAAACUCUGGCAGAGGCGGCAACGUGUAGCAACUGUUUCACCCAUUCGAGAGCAGCAUACUAUCCAAACUCUGAUGAAAAGGGAACAGAUGGUGCAUGCGGUUUUGGUUCUUUUGGAGCAACAAUAAACGGUGGAGAUGUAUCAGCAGCAUCUGACCUCUACCGAAAUGGCGUUGGCUGUGGUGCUUGCUACCAGGUGAGGUGCACCAACAGCAACUAUUGCUCGGACAAAGGUGUGACUGUGGUUAUAACUGAUCAAGGUUCAGGUCACAACACUGACUUUAUCCUGAGCAAACAAGCCUUCGGUAGGAUGGCUCAGACAACAGAUGCAGCUGCAUCUCUAUUAGCCCUUGGAGUGGUCGACAUUGAAUAUAGGCGUGUUCCAUGCAGCUACCCCAACAAAAAUAUUACUAUCAAGAUUGAUGAGAACAGCAACUACCCCCAUUAUUUGGCAUUUGUUCUAUGGUAUCAACAAGGUGACAAGGAUAUCACAGCUGUACAGCUAUGUGAGACUCAAAGCUUUGUAUGCAAGCUCUUGGAUAGGAGUUAUGGAGCAGUAUGGACAACCACUUCACCCCCAAGUGGUGCAUUGUCUUUAAGGAUGUUAUUGAGCGGAGAGGAUGGAGAUGAGUCAUGGAUUGUUCCUGUUAAUAACAUACCAGAAAAUUGGAAAGGUGGAGAGACAUAUGACACAGGAGUUCAAAUUAAUGUCUAGAGAUAUACAUCAGAGUCAUUCAUUUCUUUGUUUUAGCAAUAAAACUAAAAGAAUAAGUUCCUAGCUUUCUUCAAAUGUCUUCUUUCAUUAUGUUUUAUGGAUUAGUAUAUAUUUUAUUAUUUUGUGUCAAGGAAGGGAUGACAAACUUUAGUAAGAGAAAAUCUUAUGUAAUCUUUCUAAUAUUGAAUGAAA